ACGGCUUGAUAUGCUCCACACUCUUGCUAUAAGUACCCCAACAUACAUUCCUUCACUCUUCAACAACUAAGAACAAAUCAACAUGAGGUCUUCAUAUCACAUAAUCUUAGCCAUUUUCUUCAUUUCCUCAACCUUUUGUUGCAUAAAUAUAUCCCUAGCACAAAACACCCCUCAAGACUUUCUUGAAGUACACAACCAAGCUCGAGAAGAGGUUGGUGUUGGUCCACUCCAUUGGAACUAUACCCUUGAAGCCUAUGCACAGAACUACGCAAACAAGAGAAUGAAUGAUUGUGAACUUGAGCACUCUAUGGGACCUUUUGGUGAGAAUCUUGCUGAGGGUUAUGGUGAAAUGGAUGGUUCUGAUGCAGUGAAGUUUUGGAUAACUGAAAAGCCUGAUUAUGACUACCACUCAAACUCCUGUGUUCAUGAUGAAUGUUUGCAUUAUACUCAAAUUGUUUGGCGUGAUUCUGUUUAUCUUGGUUGUGGUAAGUCCAAAUGUAAGAAUGGUUGGGUUUUUGUGAUUUGUAGCUAUUCACCACCUGGCAAUGUUGAUGGACAACGACCUUAUUGAUUUUUCUUUCUUUUAUGUUUUUUCUCAGAAUAAAAUAACUAGUAGCCUGCUUUGCUUGUAUUGUUUCCUCUUGUUAUAUUUAUAUUAUAAAUAAUUAGAUUGA